GUGGCUUCCCCUGAAUCUGCUAUAAGUUUACAUGAAAACAAACUUAAACAAGAUGUCUGCUAUAGUAAAUGAGCAUGGUUGCAUCUGUUGGAAACAUUGCUAGUCUUCAUUUAUUACUGAAAAGUUUUAAUUCAAUAGUUUAAAAACAGAUUCAUAGUGGUCAACUUUUUAGACUAGCAGAAUCAUGCAUUGCAUGUACAAGCAAAUCCAUCCACCAACUGGAAUAGAAAAUUGUGUCUAUGCACAUUUUUUUAACUGGGAAGAAAAAAAUCUGAUUGUAGCUGGUGUGAACCAUUUACAUGUCUAUAGACUGAAUUCAGAGCCUGAGCUUGUAUCUCCAGAUGGAUUACUUAUCACACAAGAUGAAAAAGCAGAUUUGAAAACACGUCUUGAAUGUUUAGCAUCUUACAGUGUCCAUGGAAAUAUACAAUCCCUUGCUGCAGUUAAGCUGGCAGGGGCAAACAGAGAUGUUUUGCUACUCAGCUUUUUAGACGCUAAACUGUCUGUAGUUGAAUAUGAUCCCAGCACACAUGACUUAAAGACCUGUUCAUUACAUCAGUUUGAAGAACCUGAAUUAAAGGGUGGCUAUAGCAGCAACACUCAUCUACCUCUUGUACGAACUGACCCUGAUGGCCGUUGUGCCGGAAUGUUAAUUUAUGGAACACAUUUGGUCGUGUUGCCAUUUAGAAAAGAUGCUUUGUUAGAUGAUCUUGAUUCCGUUUCUGGUCUGGUUGGAAAAUCCCCAAUUAUGUCGUCUUAUACAAUUGACCUACGUAAAAUGGAUGAAAAGAUUAUAAAUAUAUUAGACAUCCAGUUUCUCCAUGGUUACUUUGAGCCAACAGUUUUUAUUUUAUAUGAACCUUUAGCCACGUGGUCAGGACGCACAGCAGUAAGAACUGACACUUGUGCCAUUGUUGCCAUUUCAUUAAAUAUUCAACAAAAAGUGCAUCCAAUUAUUUGGUCUCAAUCAAGCUUGCCUUUUGAUUGUUUUAGUGUUGCUCCAAUACCUAAGCCUAUUGGUGGGGUUUUAAUAUUUGCUGUAAAUUCCCUUCUGUAUCUCAAUCAAAGUGUUCCACCCUUUGGAGUGUCUUUAAAUAGCAUUGCAGAUGCUUCAUCAGCAUAUCCAUUAAAGCUUCAAGAAAAUGUUUUAUGCACGUUAGACUGUGCUCGUUUUGCUCUUAUAUCCAGUGACAGGCUUGUGUUGUCUCUUAAAGGUGGAGAAUUGUAUGUUCUUACUCUUGUUGUGGACGGCAUGAGAUGUGUGAGAGAAUUCCACUUUGACCGUGCUGCCUCUAGUGUUUUAACCACAUGUAUGUGUGUUUGUGGAGAUGGGUACUUGUUUUUAGGAUCCCGACUAGGAAAUUCUCUCCUAUUGAAGUACACAGAAAAGUCUUCUGGGACUGUGAUUCAAGCAGAUGAGAAAAGAUCAGGUGUUUCAGCAAUAAAAAAGAGGAGGGUUGAGGGUCUGGAACAAUUAGCUUCAGACGUGUCAGAAAUUGAAAAUGUUGAUGAACUUGAAGUUUAUGGAGCUACAGAUAACCAACCUGGUACUAUGAUAGCAUCCUACUCCUUUGAGGUGUGUGACAAUAUCUGGAAUAUUGCCCCAUGUGGACAAGUUGCAAUGGGAGAGCCUGCUUUUUUAUCAGAAGAAUACAGUUCACACUCAGACCCUGACUUGGAGUUGGUCACUACCUCUGGUCAUGGUAAAAAUGGAGCCAUUUCUGUACUUCAGCACAGUAUUCGCCCUCAAGUUGUAACAACAUUUUCCUUGUCUGGAUGCAUUGACAUGUGGACAGUCCAUUCUCAACCAGAAGCCACAGAAGAUGAGGAGGAAGGUGCAGAGUCUAAAGCUACAGAGAAUGAAAGUAGCAGCAUUGUAGGAGGACAUGCCUUUCUGGUGCUCAGUAGGCGAGAGUCUAGCAUGGUUCUACAGACAGGUUCAGAGAUCAAUGAACUUGACCACAGUGGUUUCAGCACUCAAACAGCUACAGUUUUUGUUGGCAACAUUGGGAACAAACGUUACAUCUUACAAGUUUCCCCAGCUUCCAUAAGGUUGCUUGAAGGAACGAAACAAAUCCAGCACAUUCCUGUUGAUCUUGGCUCUUCCAUACAAAGUUGCUCUGUGUGUGAUCCUCACGUUGUCAUAAUGGGUGUAGAAGGACAGCUCAUGAUGUUUACUUUAAAAGAUGACCGUCUGGUAGCUGGUGCUAGAUUGUCAGCUAGCAAAUUGAAUGUUUCGUUGAAACCUCGUAUACUAGCCAUGACAACGUACAAAGAUUACAGUGGCUUGUUUACAACUGAAAGUCUGAAGACAGAGGAUUUAGCAAACAAGAUAGAAAAAGUUAAACCAGCAGAAAAAGCCCCUGUUUUUAAACCUGAUGAAAUGGAUGAUGAAGAUGAAAUGUUGUAUGGGGACAUCACUGUGUUAACCACUCCUGAGAAAAAAGAAGAACCAGACACCAGUGAAACAUAUGUAAAGCCCUCCAGAAAAGAAAUAAAGAUAAGCUGUUGGUUACUGGUGUCUAGAGAAAAUGGAUCAUUGGAGAUAUACAGUUUGCCUGAGUGUAAGCUAGUUUACACAGUUAAAAGCUUCCCACUGGGACAAAGAACCCUAGUUGACAGUGGUCCUUCAUUUGAUCCCACUAAAUCAGUUUCUACCUCAGACAAACAACAGAAUGCUGGAGAGAUGCCCACAGUUAAAGAAAUUCAGCUGUUUGGCUUAGGUCAUAAUAAAUCUCGUCCCUAUCUUUUUGCAAGAGUGGAUGAAGAUCUGCUGAUUUAUGAAGUUUUUCCAAGAGUACCCAGUGCAGCUGAUGUACAAAUGACUGGUGACCAUCUGAAGAUAAGAUUUAAAAAAGUGGCUCAUGACUUAAUUCUUAGGGAAAAGCUGCUACAUGCCACAAGGAAAGGGGAAGAUGAGGAGGAGCCACCUGAUGAGAACACACCCCCUGAUCACAUUCAACAGCUCAGAUACUUUGAGGACAUCUCAGGCUACACUGGUGUUUUUAUUUGUGGUCCAUAUCCACAUUGGAUAUUCAUGACAAGCAAAGGUUCUUUAAGAAUUCAUCCGAUGGGGAUAGACGGUUGGGUUACCUGCUUCACUUCAUUUCAUAAUGUCAACUGUCCAAAAGGUUUUCUCUACUUCAACAGAAAGUCUGACAUGUGUAUUUGUGUCCUACCAACACAUGUUACAUAUGAUGCUCCAUGGCCCAUCCGCAAGGUACCCCUAAGGUGUACGCCCCAUUAUAUCACUUACCACAGUGAUAGUAAGCUGUAUGCUGUAGUGACAAGCAUAGAAGAAAACACAAAUAAAUUUCCACGUCUCAUGUCAGAUGAUAGAGAGUGGGACUAUGUUGAAAGAAAUGAAAGAUUUGUCUACCCUAACAUGAGCAAAUACACAGUGCAGCUCUUCACCCCCAGCACAUGGGAGGUUAUUCCAGACACCAGGUAUGAUUGUGAAGACUGGGAACACAUCACCUGUUUAGAAAAUGCGCAGCUAAAAUCUGAAGGAACCAUAUCAGGUUUAAAAGGUUUUGUUACCAUGGGUACAGCCUACUGUAUGGGGGAAGAUGUUGUUGCACGAGGAAGAAUAAUAAUUUUGGAUGUUAUUGAGGUUGUCCCAGAACCUGGACAGCCCCUGACCAAAAAUAAAAUCAAGGUUGUUUAUGAUAAAGAACAGAAGGGUCCAGUGUCAGCCAUCUCAUACCUCAAUGGUCUACUAGUGACAGCUAUAGGACAAAAGAUUUACAUAUGGUCUUUAAAAGAUGAUGAUCUCUCAGGUGUGGCUUUCAUAGACUCCUUGAUCUAUAUUCAUUCCCUUCAUGUCAUUAAAAACAUCAUCAUAGCCGCAGACGUCCUCAAAAGUAUUGCUCUCUACAGAUUUCAGGAGGACCUCCGUGUUCUGUCUUUUGUCAGCCGGGACAUCAAACCACUGGAGACUUAUGCUGCAGAGUUUAUGGUGGAUGGGGAAACUCUCAAUUUUGCAGUGACAGAUCGCAACAAAAAUGUUGUAAUUUUGGCAUACUUACCCGAAGUGAGAGAAAGCUAUGGUGGCAACCGGUUAUUAAGGAGAGCAGAUUUUAACAUUGGUAGCCAUGUCAACACCAUGUUUAGGGUCAGAUGUAAACUAGAGGACCCAUCUUCUAACAAGAAAAAUGCUGCAGCUUUAGAACAUCGGCAUGUCACAUAUUUUGCAAGUCUUGAUGGUAGCAUAGGAUACUUGUUGCCUAUACCAGAGAAAGUGUUCAGACGCCAGCAGAUGUUACAGGGGUCAAUGAUCUCCCAGCUGCCCAGUCCAGCUGGACUCAACCCAAAAGCUUACAGAACAUUUAAAAGUAGCCGAGUGGACACGAGCAAUCCUUUAAGAAACAUUUUGGAUGGUGAGCUUUGUUGGAAAUUUUUGUACCUCUCUGCAAUGGAGAAAAUAGAAGUGGCCAGGAAAAUUGGUACAACUGUAGAUCAGUUGACAGAUGAUCUGAUGGAGUUUGACCGUCUGACUGCUCAUUUUUAACAGCUGUUCAUCACCAGAGAAAGCCCUUGUUGUUUUGUAUUGACUGUAUUACUUUAUGUUAUGACUGAGCAUGUUGUUCACCUAUUCUUCUGCUUGAUUUUAUGAUAAAAAUAAAUCAUUUUAUAAAGUU